CCUCAAUUAGCUUGCUGGGUGACGUCAGUAAGGUGACAUGGGUGUUUCUCUUCAUCAUCAUCCGUGGGCAAUAAGCUGCUGCAGCACAGCAUUGGUGCAUGGGAGAGGAGGUAAUGUGGAGAGCAGUGCUGGUAGAUGCAAUUAAAGCCCCCCACACCUCCACGCCUCUCUCUUUGCAUUUGUGCGCUGGUGCUUCUGCAGCAGCUCCUCUUGCACUGCCCGCCCGCCCGCUGCCGGUGUCGGGUCGCCGGCAGAGCGGCCCCGCUCCUCUGCAGGGCUGCAGGGCUGCGCAGCUCCUGACUGACAGAGAGAUGAGGGGUGGGGACGCAGGGUGGGGUCACAAGCAGGGAGAGGCGGAGGAGGAAAAGGCAGAGAGAGAGAGCCCAGCCCUUGAAUACACGGCAACAACACGCCGACAGAGAGAGAGAGGGAGAGACACAGAGAGACUGGCUGUUUUUUUUUUUGUUUUUUGGGGGGGUAAAAGCACAGGGAGCCUUCGACGCCGCGGAUAUGAACUGAAAAGAAACACUGGAAGAGGCAGGGAUCGUGUUCCUAUAUCCCGAAAUAUUUGACUGUAAAGGUGGAAAACUAGCACCCCCAAAAAAGCCCUCCUCUCUCUCCCUGACAGUUCUGAUUCAGAUAGAGCUACACCCAAAGCCCCGACCGACCCCCUCCUGCUCCUGCUGCUCCACCCCUCCGCCGCUGCACCGCUCCGGCAACCGAGAUGCACACGGAGACCCGUAACAAGAAAAUGCCACAUGCUACCAUGUUUAAAACCAAACAUCAGAGCAGUAGAAGUCUCUCUGUUAGGGUACCCCACCUACCAAAAAAGUGUCAGUCAACUCCAAAGCAGAAGAAGAGUGCGGUCAGUGCCCGGAAGAGGCUGAGGAGCCCGGCCAAGCAGAGCUCCUUGACCCAGCAAGAACUGCCACCUUCUUCAUCACCUCUGCCGCCCACAGUCCAGGAAGAGGAGGAGAAGAAAGAAGAGCCCGCGACCAGGCCACGGCCAACGCAGGGAGAAGAGGAGGAGCUGAAGGAAGUGGCGACACAGUCUGUGAGGGUGAAAGAGGAAGAAAAGAAAGCAGAGGAGGAGGGCGAGAAAGACAUGCCCUCUGUACAGAUCAAACCAGAGCCAGAGGAGAUGGAGUGCACGGCAGAUAUAGGUGAUGACGGCUCACAGCCGAAAGACCUGAAGGUGAAGAAGGAGUGCAAGACAGAGCCCUCCUCGCCUCAUCCGAGCCCCACUGAGGACCAGACUGAGCCCGUUGACCUUUCGCUCAACAAACCUCGCUCCGCUUCGACAACGAGCACCACAGUCAACCCAGCUCCCAGCAGCGCUGUGACCCAGCCCAGCCUGUCAGCCACACCUGUCCCCUCUGCGGUGCAAUCGAUAGGCUCCAUGGUCCUCUCUCCAGGAUCCAUCUUAGCCACGCAGGGCGCUGGAGGCCAGCAGAUUCUCCACGUUAUCCAUACAAUCCCCUCAGUGACCAUGCCCAGCAAGGUGGGUCAGCUGCAGACCAUCCCUGUGGUGGUGCAGUCGCUGCCUGUUGUCUACACCACCAUGCCUACUGACGGUGUUGCCACAGCAGCCAUUACGGUGCCGCUGAUAGGCAGUGAUGGGCGCUCCGAAGGAUCUGUUCGGAUCAAGCCAGGUUCAACAUCUCCAGUGGAAUAUCAAAGUGAAAGCGAUGCAGAGAGCGGUACAGAGUCUGGAUCGGCUUCCAUCAGCGCCCAGAGCCUUGAUGCGGGGUCGGUUAUGGACUUGGAGCCCGUCGAUCCAGAUUCGCCAGACAUCAAGAGGCGGCGGAUCCACAUGUGCGACUACGAAGGCUGCAAAAAAGUUUACACCAAGAGCUCCCACCUCAAAGCCCACAGGAGGAUACACACAGGAGAGAAGCCCUACCACUGUACCUGGGAAGGCUGCACCUGGCGCUUCGCCCGCUCCGACGAGCUGACCCGACACUUUCGCAAGCACACCGGAAUCAAACCCUUCCGCUGCACCGAAUGCGACCGCUCCUUCUCCCGGUCUGACCACCUCUCCCUGCACCGCCGCCGCCACGUGAUGAUGUGAACUCUGACUUCCUUCCUUCCUCUCCCCUGACGCCCCCAGCUCCCUAUCAAACUGACCUCUGACCCUUUGAUUUCUCAAAAGCCCCUCACAGCACAUCUUGUACCAGUGCCCCCACACCUCACACGAUACUUCCUGUUUCCUCUCUGCUCUCCUGCGGGAUUUUAAACCCACCUUGCAAAUAGAAAAAAAAGGACUUUACCUUCUCCUCCUCUUCCUCCUCAUCUUCAUCUCACAGUCAUAGGACAAUUGUGUCUGUGUGUUUGUUCGGUGGUGGCAGCAGGAUGUUUUUUGCUGCGUGUGUGUGUGUCUGUCAUCAUUACCGUCCAGCCCAAAGCAGUCCUCUCUACCAUCCUCCGACUCAGUCACACAAGAUGUUGCCUCCUCAGAAAGAGAAAGGAUGGACUGAAGGACAUCCAGCAGCAGGGACUUUCAUGCUUCCAUCCAUCUAUUACAUGCAUCAGUCCAUCCAAAAGGCAAAGAGGAAGAGGAGGGCUCACACAGAUGUCACUUCAGCUGCUCUUUUCUUGAUUUACAGUUUUUAUUUUGUUCAUAUCCUGAGUUUGGAAUCUACGUGACUCCAAAAUUUAUUUUCUUGGAAGCUAAAGAGACUUCCGAGGAUGCCGCUUCCCGCCACUGCUUUUCCAGGAAAAGUUGUUUUUGAGAACUUUGAGUUUCGUUCCACCCCAGUUAUAUUUGCCUGAGGCAAAUGUGAUCUUACUGAGUGACCUUUUGAUCAAAUAAUCAAAUAACAGGUAAAUAAAUAUAAAAUACAGCAUUACGCAAAAAUGCUCCAGGUAUCAUUAUAGCUCCUUAAAUAUUAAGUAGCUGUGACUUGGAUGACGGUAAACUGCUUACAAUUGCUGAAUAUUUGGACUGUCUUCGGAUUUCAAAGUGGAGCGUAGAGAAGUGCAGUUCCUUGAGUUCUUUAGUUCCUGGUUCUGUUUGUAAAAGUAAAAGAACCAAAACUCAUUUAUCAUAAAUUCAGAUGAGGUAUUUACUUAACUGUGCAUAUCGGUGUGUGUGUGUGCGUGCGUGCGCUUAUUUCAUUGACAGCAGCUGAAGUGACGUCAGAUGCAUCAGCAUGUCUGAGGCUAAAACACUGCGCCCCACCCUCCCAUCGCCAUUCGCCUCCUUCUGCCCUAAACCCCCGCCACCUCCCCCGGUACAGGGAGCUACAAGACUGUGAAUUUAAUAAAACUUCAUUUGUUUUCAUUGUAUCGAUCACGUGGUUGUUAUCGCCCCGCCCCCUUCCCCGUCGCACACACCUUUCCGAUUCCUCUUGAAUAACAGUAUUUGCUUUGUUUGCGCCGUCGUCGCUGUUGUUUUAUCAGAAAAACACAAAAAAAGGCCUUUAGUCCUGUCUACAUUUUUUCUUUUCUUUUUUGGUGUUCUAAACAAAAUGUUGUUCUUUUGUUUUUUAUUUAAAAAGAAAAAAAACUUUCAGAUCUUUUUUUUGUCGUUGUUUUCUGAGGCUGUGAAAAAGACAGAGGAGACACAAAUAGAUUGAGAAUACAAGUAAAACUCUCAUGCAGGGAAUAGGGGAGCUUUUCUGAGUGUGCGUGUGUGCGUGUCCGUGAGUUAGUGUGCAUGUUUUGAGACAAACACAUAAUCAAGAAUUUAAGAUUUUUAUGAGUGCGUUGUUCCGGGCACUUGUUGUUCUUUUACCUCUUGCCCGUCGAGCCUUAAUAACCGAAGUCAAUCUGUAAGGGCAAAACUAGAACGGCCGACAGACGACGACUGGCCACAGCGUUCGCUUUAGUUCAGUUGUUUAGUUUUUGAAGUUUAAAUUGAAGGUGUUAUGUGUGGAAUUUGUUUCCGUAUUUGGUGAGAAAAGUUUUUUAGGCUGAAAAAAACAUGCUUGCUGAUUUUCAAGCCUUUUAAAAUAGAAAUUUUAACAUUUAUUUUAACAGUGUCACCAAAGUGAGUUGAACCUAAAGCAUUUCAAAGUUUUAACAAAUCAGAUGGUUUGAGAAUUUCCAGCUUUUGCUCAUCAGACUCUGUCGAGACUGUUCUUUUUUAAUAUAAUUAAAUGGUUUUGUAACCUUGCAUCGUUAUGAGAGGAAGAAGACUGAUAACGGAGUGGUGAAGGUCGUCUGUCGGUGGUUCUGGGAGAAAUCGGGCGUCUCGUAGGGCUGUCGGGGUCCAGGCGCCUGGGGUUUAAACCACGGGGAAACUUAAGCGCUCUCCUCACUAGCAUUUCUACCAGGGUGGGGGUCAAUUCACUCCGGUUUGUUUUUAAUGGCAAUAGAAUCUCAGUUAAAAGCCUCGAGUAGAUACUAACAGAUGAAUCGUGUCUCGAAUUGGGUUCUUUUUGGAGCAGAAUCGACCCCCGCCUCACCCUGGUUCCUUACCCACAGUGUCCAUGUCUUAAGUGGGCUGGUUUUCAGCUCCCGAUCCGGGCUGAACUUGAUUAUGCAACAUAACGCAGACGCAGCUCCAAGCGCUGUUCUGAUCUCAGUCCUUGAGCACUAGCUGGUAGUUGGGUUCCUGAUAAGCAGCUCACGUAGGGUUGUUGCAGGAACCUUAAGAGGAAGGUCAGGUUUGUGUAGAGGCCUGCGCUGUUGAUCACUACUCUGUGUUGGUAUAUAAGACUUAAGGUGUGGAAACACAUCCAUAAUUUCAAACAGACUUGGUAAUGAGCGAGUGGGGAGCUGGGGUUGUGAUGGACGGAGCAGGCUUUUCUCAUCCUGGCUCGUCUCUUUUCAAGCAACAACCCCCCCCCCAAUAAAAAACGGCCACACACAUUUUGCUUUGAAUUCGUUCUCGCCAUUUACAGUCGUCUUUGUCAUCAUUUCAGAAGCUAGUAAGUGAGAGCAAAAUGUUUUACAUCUUGACUUUUCACAUUGCGAUAAAUGAGAUGGACAUGCAGGCUUGCUGUGAGCUGAGCGCAUGCCGUGAAGAGGGCAGAUUUGUUGCGUGGUCUCCGCGCUGCGAAACCGAAGAGAAUCCGUCUUAGCCGAGUCACUGAAUAUGGUUUAAAAAUGAGGGAAUCUGUUCCUGUCUUCCCAUUUCCCAUCAGGAGAAGCAUUACUUAGAAUUCAGUCACUCGCUUGGAAGGAUUUUAGUGGUUUAUUUGUUAUGUUUUUGCAGCGCAGAGCAAUGCAAUGUUCCCAUUUCUCUUAACAUCCCCUGCUUCAAGUAAAAAAACAAAAAAAGAAGUUACUAAGCACAUCUUUCUAGAAGAGUAUAUGCAUUUGAUUGCAAUUUUCUUUCUUUUGUAAACUGUUGAUAAAGACAUUAAGGACAAUGACAAAUAAUUAAGAGAAAUCCGUGUACAUAAAUGUAUAUAAUCAAAGUGCAGAGUAAAUGUAACGGGUGAAUUUCUAUUUUUAACACUGACUAGAUAAUGUGAAAAAUCUUUUUUUUUCUCUCUUCUUCCUCUGUUGGUUUGAUGAAAUGUGUUUUUCAUCAUGUGUAUUUUUUUUUUCAAUCUAAUACAUUUGUUUCGUAGUUUCUUAAAAAAAGAACAAUUAUAUGGUCCCACUUGUGUUGUGCACAUUUGUGUUGCAUGGAGAGUAGCCUUCUUGUUUUCUUAUAGUGACGUUGGUGAGCAUGUCAAGUGCGUGUGAGACCGUUGAGAUGCCCCAGCAGGGGUGGGGGUGGGAAACGACCCCCUACUCAACUAACUAGGGAUUCAUUAUAACAACCGAGCUUAAUGUCCCAGUACUGGACCUGGUUUUAAAUGUCAAGUUAAAUGUGAGAUUCAGUUGGUUUGGGUCAGACCCAUUUUUUCCUCCUUCAGCUUCAGGUGUGUUCUGCUCAGAUAAGUUAACAGGAAGUAAGAGGAAGUCCCCAGAUUUACAGUAGCCAGUUUAAAUGUGUUGAUAUGUUUCUCCUUUUUAAAAUCGAUGUUGAAAUCCAAGCAGCAAAAACAUUAUUCAUGUUAGAUCAGUCAAGUGCUGCACUGAAUAAAAGGUUCUUUUAAAGAUACCUAAUUGAAGUACAAAAACAAAACACAGAGCCACUGAUUCACUUGUUAUCGGACCAGAUGUCGUAUACCUUAUCUGUUUCUGGGGCUUCCUGGCUCCACGUCGUUACAGUUGAGGUGCGUGGACGUUUCUUUGUGGUGCUAACAGGAAAUGGGGUUCUGGUUUUUCCAGCACAUUCAGUUUUAUCUCUCCAUCGGCCUCGUGUCUGUUUCGGAGAUUGCUUUCGAUUUUUUUGUUGUAUGUGAAUGGAAUUGUUGAUCUUUCCUCGACCACACACACUAACUGCUCGGCACUGACCUCGUUUAUCGUUUAAAUGUCAUCUUUAUGACUAAUUAGUGGACGAGGUCAGGAAUGAAUGAACGUUUAGUAGAAAUCCAGCGAAAUCUCAAGACCUCCAAAUACAGCUUCUUGUCUCCUUUUAGCACCACGAAUGAAACCUUCCCUCUCACAUAUCUCAAAUAUAUCGUAACAGAGGCAGAAGUCCCAAAGAUUAAUGCAUUAAAAAGUACCCCUGAAUGCUAAGCCCCUUUAUUUCUGGGAAUGUUAACCCCACAGAGCACAUGUGCUCUGUGUCAUUUAGUAUCUGCUAUAGGCCCUUUUGCUUUACAAGCACACUGAUCAGCUCAGUUGGUAUAUUUGCACACCGAGACAAACUCACACACGCACUGAAACCUCUGGAGACACACCGACGAUGGUCGGUUAAACAUCCGAGCCUGUUGACGACACCCUGGGCAGGAUAUUUUCGCUGGUGUCGGAGCUUUGGCAGGGAGACUGAUGCAUGUGUACAUUUAUCUCCUGCUUCUUGUUGGUUUGUGCAAGCUUGUUUUUCCUCAGUAUUCCUCUUUUUUUCCCGUUUCCUCCCCUUUUUGUUCUUGUAUAAAAGCAGGAUUGUGAAAAAAAGAACCAUAAAGACAGAGUUUUAUCCCUGCUGAAACCGUAACGGGAUCGAGUUUGUGUCUGAGGGUGACGUCACGUCUGUGCGCGAGUGCCUCGACUCACCACGAAUCACAUCUUCUGCAAAUCUGGAACUUUUAGGUAUUUUCUAUUGAAUGCAGUAACUUAUGGGCCAGUACUAUAUUUACUCAGUGCAAUGCAGUUAUCAUUAUAAUAAUACAAUUAUUAAUAAUAUUUUUCUUUUUUGUAUUUGUACAGAACAAAUGUGUAAAGAUCAGUGAGGAAAACGUGAGCUUUUUGAUACUGUGACUCAUGGUGUUUAAAAGUCAGUUUCUCCCUGUACAGUUGUGAUUAUUUUCCCCUCCCUUUCUUCUUCUUUUAUAGAAUAAAACAUGUUUUUGGUGCAAUUUAA